CAUCCUCUCCUCUUUAGUGGCCCUUUGCUCCUCCUGUUGGCACUGCUACUGCGUCGUGUUGUGCUGGUUUUACGUUAACUCUUUGGCACUACAUAUUGGCACUCCCUGUUUUUGUGUUGGUGGUUUGAGGAGUGUUGUUGCGUCGUGUUGGUGUUUGUGUGUGUGUGGUUGUGAAGUGGUGUUGGUUUCGGUGAGUUCAAGGAAAGAUUUGGUGGUCUUGGUGGUGGAAGUUGUAAUGGUGGUUGGGGAAGUGGUGGUGGUCUGAACUGUGGUGUUGGUUGUGGUUGUGAAGUGGUGUGUUGUUUUGGGUGAAUCCAGAGAGAAGAAUUGGUGGUCUUGGUGGUGGUGGUGGUGGUAGUGAUGGUGGUGAUUGUGUAGUUGUGGUGUUGGUAGUGGCAUAAGUGUUCUCGAUACUCUUGAUUGGUGUUUCUUGUGGUUACUAGUGAAUCUAAUGGUUAAUACCGGUGGUGUUAUUCAUAGUGGUUUUGGUUGUUACUGGUAUUACUACUGAUGGUGUUACUGGUACUGGUGUUCGUUCUUUCUGGUGGUGUUGAAAUUUAGGCCAUUUAAGAAGAGGUCAUUCAUUCUUUAACCCUCGUAGGACAUGGCCAAGGAGAAGGACAAGGCGGGGGUAGAAGGCGGUGGUGGUGAAAUGGGUGAUGGUGACAGUGCCGAUGGUGGUGAGAGAGCUAUGAUGGCUGGUGCUGAGGGUGGUGAUGAUGGCCCUUCUGGAUUGCUGCUGAAGAAGGACGAGAACUGCGGGGGUGUUGAGGUGGUGGUUAGCGGGGAAUUCGAUGAUAGUGAUGAUGGCAGUGAUGACGAUGACAAGUCGGUGGUGUUGAACGGACAUGAGGACGUGGUGAAGGUCAUUUUGAGACGCAAGGACAGCAGCGACCCUGACGAAGGCACCGAAGAGACGAAGAUGAGGAAGAAAUCGUUCAUCAAGAUCCGACUGGAGGAGGAAGACGAGGAAGAACAAGAGGAGGAGAAAAAGAAGAAGGGGGACGAUGUUGAUGGAGGUGGAAGCAAGAGGUGUGAGGACUGUCCCGUGUCUCAAUGUCCUUACUGCUGGGGAUGUCCUGAAGAUAGUGGCGAUGAUGAAAGGUGAGUCAUUCAAGGCCAA